UCUGCCAAGUCUUGCGGAAUGCACGUGAUGGUACGAUCCGCGGCACGAUUGCACGGUCCAGUUCGAGUUUCAAAGUUUCGCGCCGUUUCAGCGGUGCUCAAUCACGACCGACACGGGACUGACGUCGAUUGUUGACGGGGGCCAGUGCUGCUGCAGCAGCGGAUGCGUCGUCGAGCGAGAGGUGCAUCGACUUCGAAACCUGUAUGUUGAGGCUGGUACGGACGAGAAAAUCUCGGACUCCCCUGGCGCGGCGCGUAACGUAAGAUGGAUCCAAGGGGCCCUCCUGAGGGGGCCCCUGGCGAGUCCUUCGAGAUAUCCAGCAUCGACAAGGUGGCUGACACUUCGGUGAACUGGCCUACUGAUCACGCAUUCGCCUCCCUGUGCGAGCAACCGAAGAAACUCAACAACAGGCUGCUGUUCCUCACUGUGGAAUAUGUGGAGGAUCAGUCCCGGCUGUUUCCUGCCUACGAGCAGAUCUCCUUCUCCCCGAGGGCAGCCUCCCCCCUGUCCGAAUUCGAGCACCGUGUCAGUCCACUCGACCCCAACAUGAGCUCCACCGCCAGAUACUCUCCCACACCGGUCCAGCUGCCCUCCUCGCCGUUUCACAAUCCCGUCGUUGUGCUGCAGGGUCCAUCCUCGCCCUUCAUAUCCCAACCUGAGUCGAACAUACGUACGAGCAUCAAUUAUGUAACUCAGCUGGCACAUCCGAUCGACACUCAGGCUGUGCCGCAAACGGAUACCACUACAGACUUUGUUGGCAAUGGGAAUGAAGAGGGACUGGCCAACAGCGAGUUGAUCUUAAUGCAGGAGACUACACCCGAAUUGGAAUCUUCAGCGACCCCGUUGAUGCUAACGGGGAUACCAAGCACGGAUUUCACUCUGACCAGGGACUUCUUGGUGAUGCAGGAUGAGCAAAUAAACGUUAUCAACUCGUUUAAAAAUCAAAACAUGGAGAUGGAGGAGAAUCACGUUGCUCUGUCAUCCACGACGGAUGGCGCAAACAAGGAAAACAAUAAUCUAAUUGUUCCCGAGUGUGAUAAAGAGCAGUUUUCCAAGGAGACGUCGCCCGCUGAGAAGAAGGCAGUCGAGAAGAAGGAUGUAAGGAGAUCCAAACGGCAUAUAACGGAUAAGAAAGAUUUCUGGUGCGACGAGUACGACAGCAACUGCACCAAAGAUGACAGCAGUAACUUGAACGACGUGUGUACAAUCGCGGAUCAACCGGUACCAUCGCGUGCUGUAGCAACACUGCCAGGAUCAUAUCUUUCAUUAAACAAACUGUCUGCUUCGCAUGCUACAGCAGAUGGCAUAACUUACGGAGUGUUCGCCAAACGCAACAUUCGAAGGCGCACGCAGUUCGGACCCAUAGAAGGCGUACUGUGCGCUUACGACGGUUCGCCCUUCGCGAAUGCUUUGCCACUGCUCUACGAGACGGAGAACGGCGAAUUUCUGAAAGUAGACGUUUCCAACGAAAACACAUCAAACUGGAUGCGCUUCGUGCGGCCCGCAUUGACGUAUAAGGAACAAAAUCUGAUAAUUUGCCAAAAGAAGGAUGGAAUAGUGUUUCUGACGAACAGAAACAUCUCACCGAAGGAGGAACUGAAGGCGGGCCCCAGUCCGGACUAUGCAACUCGUAGAAAUUUGCCGAUACUUAAACCGGACGCGAAAGACGAGAAAGAAAUUACUAAUCAGAUACCCGCAUGGCCGCGCUUAGAUGGCAGCUCCUACAAUCGACGCGUGAAGAUGUUUCGUGGCAGGAGCAACGUGAAGGAGAAGGAGAAUUCGCGGCAGAGCAAGUGCGGCAAGGAGUGGAAGUGCUCCGUGUGCAGCCUGGUAUUCAGGAAGCCGUCCCUGCUCAACCUGCACACGGCCGUUCACUCCUCGUCCAACGAUAUCAAAACUGAGAAUCAAACAUCCGCGUGCCCGCAGUGCGCACUGGAGUUCCGGAAACAGAGUGAAUUGGCGAGCCACGUGUCUCAACAUGGACGAUCGGCGUUGCCCAAGGCGAAGAAAUUAACUCCCCUAAGUACAUACAAGUGUUCAAUGUGUUACAAACGUUUUGCUACGAAGAUACGAUUACAACAGCACUGCUUGGCGCAUGGUGCUGAGGACCAAAAACCACUGCCGUGCAGUAUCUGCUUGAAACGAUUUAUGAAUAACUCCGCCUUGUCCGGUCAUCUGAAAACGCAUAAAGAAAACAAGCAGGUCUUCGAGUGCCCGAUGUGCAGACAGCUGUUUCGUCAGGGCACGAUGCUGAAAGACCACGUUGAGACCCACAGAAAUCAAGACGGUAUAUUCAGCUGUCCCCACUGCCAGCGCACGUUCAUCAAGUACUCGGUAAUUCGCAAACACAUUCGCGCGCACCAUUGUGAGCGGAAGCACAAGUGCCAGCACUGUGCUAAACGCUUCCCGACGGUUGACAAGCUACGGAUGCACCUAUUGAAGCAUUCCGAUCACAGAGAGUUCCAUUGUGCGAACUGCGGUAAGCGGUUCAAGAGGAAAGAUAAGUUGAAGGAGCACAUGACUAAGAUACAUCACUCGCAGACGGUGAACGGCGAGCAGGCAACGCAGAACAGCCAGGCGAAGAAAUUUGUGCCAAAGGUGAACCCGAACGACUACAAUCGUUUCACUUACAAAUGCCACCAAUGCCUGGUGGGUUUCAAGCGGAGGGGAAUGCUGGUGAAUCAUCUGGCGAAACGGCAUCCCGAUGUCGCGCCGGAAUCCGUGCCGGAGCUGAACUUACCUAUCCUGCGACAAACCAGAGACUAUUACUGCCAGUAUUGCGACAAGGUUUACAAGAGCAGCAGCAAGCGUAAGGCGCACAUCAUGAAGAAUCAUCCCGGUGCAGCUCUGCCACCCAGUAACCGGCAGAAGGAGUCCGAGUUCUCGGGGCUGCCGAAUCCGAGCUUCAGCCAAACAGUGGGCAGCAUCACAACAAGUCCUCAAGGCUGCCAGUGGUGUCACAAACAAUACGCCAGCAAGGCGAAGCUGUUACAACAUCAACGGAAGAAGCAUGCCCACCUGAUGGAGCCGGCGGAUCAAGUACCGCGUUCGCGUAACCGGCCACCGCAGAAUCAGAACCAACCGCCCGCGCUGAACGACAACAACUUCGUGAUGUCCGACUAUAUGCAGGGAUGCGACGUGAACGGGGACUUCCUCAAGCAGAAAAUAAUCAAAAUCACGAACGACGUGGAUCUAAUAGGCAACGGAGGUCUGGAGAUGGUCGGUCAGCAGUUUGUGCGUAUGCGCGACAUACGUUGAGGAGAGACGCGCGGCAUCCUCCGCACGGGGGAUGAGCGUCGUCAGUUUAUCGAGAUAUGAAUCUCGCGAUCUUUGUGCGCAGCCGUGUUGCUGUGAGGCAGGCUGUGUUUUUUUGCUGCCGUUUACCAAAUUGGGGCGAUGCCGUUUGGGUGAAUGCGGUGAAGGCAUGUCGCCCGAGGAUAUUUGGAUUAUAGACGCGCGGCUUUGUCGGCGCCGGUGCGAAACACUCGGCGCUGUUUUGUUGUACGUUGGGUCGAUCGACAACGACGACGGUUACCGAUGAUAAAUAGUGAUGACUUCGACGAGAUUUGUUGGAAACGGAAACACGCAAUUUUAAGAGUACUUUGCCCUCCGAGCCCCUCGAAGCUAAAGGGGAAAAGAUGCCUAAAGAUGCCGACUGCGUGGGAACCGGCAGGGCUCGAAUCCACUUGCGACGGAGAACACUGUAGUCUCGUACAAUUGUUGAGAUCUUUCCUCGAAGUAUUAAGAAUACCGAGUAUUAAAAGAAAAAGGAAAACAAGGUAGAACAAGUCCUGGUACUAUCGACACGUCCUUUACGCCUAGGCCUGGUUAGUAGUCUUACUUUUAAAAUCUAUACCAAGCUUAAAAAAAGAAAAACAAAAAAAAAGAAUCCGAUGUCAUGUCGUGAAGUGUGAAGUAGAUGGACCAAAUUUAAGCGUCAAGUUUAAAGCGAUGUUUAAGCCCGGCUUAAAUUUGGCGGCGGACGAGUCUGCUGCGUCUUAGAUCAGCGUGAUGUUCUCCGCAUGACGGCGAGCGUAUUGGAUACUAGCGCGACUCGCGAAUCGAGUAAUGUUACAAAUUAUUGUUCGCGACGUACUUGGCUUCACCUUACGGCGAGCGAUUGUCUGUAGACUACGUGAAAGCUUGCGAUCUCUGCAAGGAAUCGUCCAUUUCACUUUUACUCUCUUCCUCUGUCCCUUUCUCUCUCUAUCUCUCCCUCUCUCCCUUUCUCCUUCUCGUAAUUCCGAGACUUACGUCGUAAACGCUUGCGUCCAUCAUUCUCAUUUUAGAGUAAUAUACACGCGCCGCCCUAGAUCUCCAACAGAACAUACUGUUUUCACGUAAUCGUUUCGUAAUCGCUGGUCUCGUCCACGUAUGAAUCUAGCGUCACAGCUGAGAGCCCGUUUGAGUCGAAGAUUUGAGAAAUGUCCGUUUUAAAUCAACGCACGGUACUUACGGUAGUUACGUAGCCAACGUACGGGGAGCUUCGAUUCCCUUGCGAUUUUACGAGCAGCAGGAGUACGUGUAUUUUAAACUGUAUACCCGGCCAUCCGGCGUAAUCACUCACACGCGUAAGCGCACGUACACACCAAGAGUUUCCGCAACGAUUGUUCACGGUCGUGUAUUCCGCAACGUUUGAAAUUCGGAUAAUCUGUGUCUUCUCGUGAAUCCUGUCCGGUUACUGUAUGUCGUAAAGUAAGACCGCACUUCGAACGAUUUUCACACUCGGGGGGGGGGGGGAGAAGAGAUUUAUCGACACACGACACGACGCGUUGAGAACUUUUAUUUUACACAUUUACGCGGCGUAUACACGACAUACAUUAUCGCGAUUACGAAGACAGAAGAUUGCAUGUUUUGUCGAUGUCGUUUGAGUACAUGGAGGACUGUACUGUAAACGUGACUUAAAUAAAGUUAUUCGAUGAGCGA